UGGUAUGGAGUGGAGAUGCAGUUAGUGUGAUCUGUUUGUGCCUCAGAAAUGUCUAACGCAGAAGUCGGUGCUUCCCGGCUUUUGUCGUUUAAUCAGAUGUAUAGUUAUGAAAAGCGACUACAGACGUUUUCUGAGUGGCCUUUUCGAGAAGAUUGCCAGUGCACACCAGAGUUGAUGGCCAAGGCAGGUUUUGUGCACUGUCCUAGUGAGAAUGAGCCAGACGUAGCUUGCUGUUUCUACUGUCUCAGAGAGCUGGAGGGCUGGGAGCCAGAAGACAACCCUUGGUCCGAACAUGCCAAGCGUUCCCCCAAUUGUGCCUUUCUUCAUAUGAAAAAGACAUUUGACGAACUCACAGCCAUUGAGUAUUUUCAGCUGGAACAGGAGCGGCUUCGCAUCUACAUUAGGAAGAUGGGUCACAGGAAGAUAGCCUUCUUUCGUGAUGAGGUGGAGGCCACUAGCAAAAAUCGGAGAGCUCUAAUCUGAUAUUUAGUGAUGUUAAAUAAUUUAAUGCUUUGGACUCUUUUGAAGCUGUUUGUUUGGACCACGUGUUGGCAAUGUGUGAAUUGGGAAGCAUUCCUGUACCACCUUUGACUCCACCUACAGUAUCUGUAAAUGAUGACCACAGGUUUUAGUGGUUUAAUAAAACAUAAGUAUUCAACACUAUUCUAGCUAUGUAGCUCAACUUGCCACUUUUUCUCUUUUGUGAGACCUUCUUCCAUCCAAACUUGACCCUGGGCAGAUGGCCCUAAGACCCUCCCUCUAAAUACCAACUGUUGCCCCAUAA